UAAAAAUGGCAAGAACCAAGCAGACCGCGCGUAAAUCCACCGGCGGUAAAGCGCCCAGGAAGCAGCUGGCUACCAAGGCGGCACGUAAAAGUGCUCCGGCCACAGGCGGUGUCAAGAAGCCUCAUCGUUACAGGCCCGGAACCGUGGCUCUGCGAGAGAUCCGGCGUUACCAGAAGUCCACCGAGCUGCUGAUCCGCAAGCUGCCCUUCCAGCGUCUGGUGAGGGAAAUCGCUCAGGAUUUCAAGACCGACCUGCGCUUCCAGAGUUCGGCUGUUAUGGCGCUGCAGGAGGCAAGCGAGGCCUAUCUGGUUGGUCUAUUUGAGGACACCAACCUGUGCGCCAUUCAUGCCAAGCGAGUCACCAUCAUGCCUAAAGAUAUUCAGCUGGCUCGCCGUAUCCGUGGUGAACGUGCAUAAUCUGGUUUUACGUCUAAACAAAACCGAAACAAAGGCUCUUUUAAGAGCCACUUAAAAGAUCACAGAAGCGCUGAAUUUUGUCUCCGCUUUACUUGGUGUCUUGUGUGGGGAUUGUCUUUCUUUUCACAAUAUCCAUGGCUGUCCUAGAAAAUCAAACUUGCGUGGUAGUUGCAUGGAUUGUACGCCAUGUUCAAUUCAAGUGACAAAUACAAGGUGUAGAAAUGUAUGUACAUUUAUAAUAGGAGUACUAUACCGUGGUAUACUGGUUUAGAAAGCAGACAUGACGUCCAAUGUACUCUUGCUUUUUUUUUUUUAAAUAACAUUACUAUUGCUAUAUUACUCAAACAGGUGAAAUUACCACUUAUGUCCAAUUUAAUUAUAUUUGUAUCUGAAACUGCUUGAUUUCAUUGAUUUAUUUCUAAUCUCUCAACAGAAACAAUAUUUCGGUCACUUUUUCCACAAUAUCACGUUUUCUAUAUAGUGGGGUACGUGAUCUGUGCUGUGAAAUUGAUAUUUGCCUGGCACACAGAGGUUUAUGGUAUUAAGACGGUCCCCCUACAGGAAAAAUUGCGUCAUUGCAUUCGGCUGCGAAGCAUUUAAGGUGGACCGGAAAAUCCGAAUAAGGAGCUGCGAAUAAGUAGCCAACUUCAGCCUCGUGAAUAAUGGAGGAUAAAAUCAGCAGGUUUUAAAUCCUUUUGGUGGCAGAAAGGUUCAAUGAGCAGUUUAGUAGUGCUUUCAAAAUGAUGACAUGAAGAAUGAGGAGUUCAAUAGGCAGUGGUGGCUUGGUGGUUAGGGAAGUGCACUUGUAAUUGAAAGAUUGCAGGUUCGAAUCCCCGACCAGCAAGGCACCACUGAGGUACCCUGAGCAAGGUACUGUUCCCCGGGCGCUAAAUUAGCUGCACAUAUGGGUCAAAUGCAGAGGACACAUUUCGUUGUUGCACACUGUCUGCUGUGGUGUGUUGACAAUGACCACUGAUCACUUGAUUCUAAUUCUAAUAGGUGUAUAAAAUCCAUGUGCAUCCAUCCAUCUAUAUGCUCUCACCAGCAUCAGGAAUAAGACAGCUCUGACCUGUACCUGUUGUUUCUCAGAGGGAUCGAGCUGGGAAAGAUGUGCACUAGCUUAGGGUGAUAAGGGAUAAUGUAUGAAACAUACAAGUGAGAAGAGUGUGUUAAGCAGAGGGAGAGAUUGAGAGAGCAGUUUGGAUGAGGUGGAGAUGGUGAAUCAGGAAGUGCAGAGGGUAAGCAGGAAGGAAGCAAGGACAUGCAUGGCUGGAGUCGUCGUCGAAGCCGAGAAAGACACUACAGAUGUAAUGUUUGCUCUGAGGGUGUUGAUGGAGAAGUUUAGAGGUCUGAAGGAGUCAAAGCCAGAGAGGCGAGAUUGUGUUGGUUUGGACACGUACAGAGGAGAGAUACUGGGUAUGUGGAGCGAAGGAUGCUGAGGAUAGAGCUGCCAGGCAAGAGGAAGAGAGGAAGGCUAAGGGAGGUUUAUAGAUCUGGUGAGAGAGGACAUGCAGGUGGCAGGUGUGAAAGAGGAAGAUAUAGAGGACAGGAAGAAAU